AUGAAUGUUCGUCAAUCGUGUGGAAGGACUUGCUCGGCUCGAGCUGGGAUGGACAAGGUUGACGCGUGCGACUCGGAGCCGUUGCGGCUGUGCCUGGAGAAGAACAACGGCGACCGUUCAAAGUGCCAGAAGGAGUGGGAGGCCUUCAAGCGGGCGUGCGCCGCCAAAGGAAUGGGACCCAUCAAGAAACAAUGA